CGAAUCUUCGCAGUCGUUGUUCUGGGCCAGUUUUGGUGGAGUUGGCAUCGACAGUUUUGAGCUGACAGGAAUAAAGACUUACACCCGUUUCUGGGGCCUCCUCAUGUUCGGUUCCUACUCAGUGAUCAAUGUGAUUGUGUUGCUGAACCUGCUUAUUGCUAUGAUGUCUAACUCUUACGCCAUGAUCGACGAACAUUCUGACACUGAAUGGAAGUUUGCACGAACACGUCUGUGGAUGAGCUACUUUGAAGAAAGCGCCACUCUUCCACCACCAUUCAACAUCUUCCCAACACCCAAACUACUGUUUAAAAUGUUUGGUAUUCGGAAGAAGGAUAAACUAAGAAGAAUGUCUUCAAAGCGCAAGGAACGCCAGGAAAAGGAACGUGAUAGCCGAUACACAGCCGUAAUGAGGGCUUUGGUGUGGCGCUAUGUGUCGGCCAAGCAUCGCGAAUCCGAAGAGAGUCCUGUGACAGAGGACGAUAUCAAUGAAG